GCGAAGAUGGCGGAAAACUGCAUGAGUUUUCGCGAAGUUGUUCAAAAGAAAGGCUUUCCAAUCAGGUGGAAGGAAAUAACAGUGAAUACAGGUGGAUCUGGCAGCACCAUCCAAGACUUAAAGGUUCCAGAAUCUGCAGGAGGAUAUGUGUACAGAGAUGGCAACAGACUGCAGUCAUAUGCAAGGAACAGAUUCAUAUACUGGAGGGUUCACAAAGACACCCUAGAGCUUGUAGAACUAUCACUGGACAACGAUCUCCAUGGAAAUGCCAUCCGCCUCCACUUCCAGGAUUCUGCCAUAUUGGGUGACAUCAGCAUUUUUGAGAGUCGAGGAGAAGUGGUCUUCCUUGUGGCCACAGUGUCCAGUGUCCACCGCCUGGUCUUUCCACACCCAAGUUCAUUGCAGCAUCAGAUGUCCAUCUUCACGGAUGCCUCUGUAGUAAAUCUUUGUGAGCCUUCAGACUGUCACUCCAUAAGCCCAGUGAGUAAUGUGGCUUACUCCUUACAUGCUGCUGGAGCUUGGCUCACCACUGAAGGGGAGGCUUUAUUUGCCCUGGCCACAAGCACAGGGAGCAUUCUGUUUAUCAAGCUACCACCAAAGGGAAUUCAAGGUAUAGUGACACAGCAUGAACUGAAACAUGCCAGCAUGAUGCAGAGGCUGUGGACAGGACUAGUACCAGCUAUGAUCAGGGGUGGUCCAUCUGAAGCUGACAUGGCGGAAAGUGUUUGUCUUCACUCUUUGGGUCAGGAUGUAUUCAUUUUUGCUAUCUGUAGAGACCACAAACUCAGAAUGUGGUCCUGUAAGAAUCAAGAAUGUGUGCUGGUCAGUGACAUGCUAGACUUUAUUCCAGAUAAACUUGACCCUCUGAAAGGAACAAUUGGAGCUCGAGGCCAUGUUAUUAGAAAAUCAGUGGAGGGCAACAUGCUGCACCUAGGAGUUUUCUUGAACUUUUCUGACAGAAACCAGUUUUGCAUAUUUCAACCAGUAUUAGCAGAUGGUCGAUACCAGCUAAACUUGAUUACCACUGUCUUUGCCCCAAAUGAGGACCUUGUAGAGUUCAGUCUGACCAAUACUCACCUGUGGUCACUGUGGACCACAUCAGAGAGUGAAACAGUGGUCAGAUAUGCAGCCUUAGACAACAGUGAUAAUUUCUCCUAUGACCCAUGGAACAUGGUUCACCUGCAGCAGCCAGAAUCUCCUGAAGUCAUUGUGCCUCUGCACAGGGAACCCAGAGAGACAUACAUGGAUUAUAUUUUCUAUCCUGGGAGAUUCACGGCUCAGACUAUCAGCAAGGCACUCAAUAUAUAUCGCCGUUCCCUAGACAGUUUAAUGGGGCAUGGUCUCCACAUCUCCAGCCAAGUGUUGAGGGAGGAGGUCACAGCAGCAGUGGAGAACGAGAUUCAGAACAGUGCUGGUGACUAUGAAUUGUCAGAAGAAGAAUAUUCUAGACUUCAGCUUCAGCAGUGGUCCAGGUUUUACUCCUGUUGUCUGCAGUACCAUGAGGUUGGCACCAAACCUAUUGGGUUGUUUUGUGAUGGAAGAACUGGAAUCAGCUGUCUUAUCAGAAAGCAUCAAGUGAGUUUAUUGCGUCCAUGUGACAUAUUGGAGCACCUGUACAUGUCCCCACUGGACUCCUGUGUGCCAGAGACACUACUGGAGACACAGCUUAUAGCUGAUGACAUCCAAACAGUGCAGGAUGUCCUUGCCCUGUGUGACUGUAUGAAGCUAUUAAACGGCAGUCUACCUGAAGAAGUGUGCCUGGCUUUUGAACAUGAGAUAUUUUAUCUGGAAAACCCAGAGACAGUGGCUCAGCAGAUGAUUACAGCUCUCUUACCAGCCUCUGGAAAUCAAAUAGUAGCACAAGACCUAGGAGAGAUUGAAAUGAGGGUUCAAAAUAUUGCUGACAUAGCGAGAGCGGUGGCCAAUCUCCUGGAACUGGCAGAUUUGGCUAAUGGUCAACCUGAGGGACUCAUGAUGGAUGACAUUGUGUUGGAUGCCACUCGCCAGUUGGUUUGCAGUCGGCUGUGGUCCAGUAACACCGCGGUGGGCCUGCUGUCCACCAGUGUCCAGCAGACGGCAGAGACCAGGUUUUGUCUGGCUAGAGAUCUGCUGCUCUUACAGACACUCAUGCUCAGAGCUGGAGAGCAGGCUGGCCUCACACUAGAAAUAGCAGACCAGUUGAAGUCGGAUCUCAUUCCCAGAACAAGUGACAUGGUCAGGGCUUACUUUGUGGUCAAGUGGCUGUCCACUACUGUGGCAACACAAGUCCAAACCAACACUAUAGAAUCAAACCUGAGGCAGCUAGAUGUUCUGGACAUCUCUGAUGCAACUGGCAGGACACAUUUACACAGGCACAGUGUUCAGGACCAAACAUUAGUGGAGCUGUUUCUAGAAGGUUCAGGAGGCUCUCAGUCUAGAGUGUUGCUGGCCAAUAACAACUUCUUGGAUGAAGACCCUUGUCAGUUGUGGACAGUGGCCUUUCAGCCAAUGGUCACUAUGGUGGCGCAGUUACUCUGGCCUAUCAGUGCCAACUUCCUGCUCCCAGAGUUCCUGAUGGGACAAUGUCAGUUCUCUCAACUCCAGGAAUAUGUCAGGCUGUUACAGUGCUGGUGUCCCUGGAAUCCAUCCUCCAGAAAAUUCCUCCUAGGACAGUGUUAUUUGAACUGCAAUGAACCUGCCAAGGCUUUAGACUGUUUCCAGGAGGCAGUUCACGGAGUUGGAAAUGAAGAUUUCUUACUGAAUAAACUGGUGCAAGCAGAUGAGAUAUCUGUCAGGAAAUUGGAAAUUGUGUAUUAUCUUAAGGUGAUCAAGCUCCUAGAACAGUUUUCUUUGCCAGACCACAUCAUUUCACUGGCCAAUACUGCAAUCAGUGUAGCAGAUGAAGAUGAUCAAAAUAUUCCAACAUUAUGGUCCAAGGUAUUCAAACAUCACCUGGAGCUGGGGCACAAUGAUGAGGCUUACUCAGCAAUGAUCUCAAAUCCAGACCCUGUCAGGAAAAAAGAUUGCCUACGACAGUUUAUAGUGGUUCUUUGUGAACAGAAGCAACUUAAAGCCCUUGUUGACUUUCCUUAUAUAGAUUUACAUGAUGAGGUGGUGAACAUCAUAGAGUCAAGAGCACGCUCUGUUGACCUGGCCACUCACAACUAUUACGACUUGCUCUAUGCAUUCCAUAUCUUCAGAGGAAACUUCAGGAAAGCGGCCAGUGUUAUGUAUGAGCAUGGUAUGCGUCUGGGCCAGGAGCUGCCAGGUGUGAAAGGUUUGCAGAAAAAGGCCAAGUGUUACCUGGCCUGCAUCCACUCCCUGGGGCUGGUAGACCCCAAGUAUGGCUGGAUUGUCAAACCUGUGCCUCUCAGCAGAAGAAUGGAUGAGGAAUUGCCUGGUGUCUCACCAAAGAGAGACCUUGAAGGAGAGGAGAGAGAGAGAGUUAACCAAAAAAUGGAGGUUAUAGAGUUACCUGAUAUAGAAAAGGAGUACAGAUUGGUACAUGCUAGACUGAAGUUACUGCAGAAAGGAGAUGACCCAGCAUUAGCAGCAGGACCCUCCCUGUCUGCCUCAGAGACAGUUGGACUGCUUGUCAGCGCAGGCUUGUUUGAUGACGCUGUCAAUGUGUGCAAGCUGUUUAAGAUGUCUCUAACUCAAGUAUUUGAAGGGCUGGCUUUAAGGUGUAUCAAUCUGUCUCAACAUAAUUAUCAAAAAGAUGUGGAUUUUACCACUGAAACCUGGGGCUGGCUGGCUGCCAAUGACACGGGCACUGUGAAUUCUGGCAAAGAAACAAGUGCUGCUGAUCAAGCAUGGAAACUUCUCCAGACAUAUUUAGCCAAGCAUGAAGACGGCUCGUCCAGAUAUCACCGCUGUGUGGCCAUCAAGCUCCUUGGCCAUGGUUACAAUCUACCAGACUGGAUGCUGGUGUCCUAUAAGGUGGUGAAUGCUCCAGAACUUAUACGUUUAUAUAUUGAUUAUGACUUACUUGAAGAGGCAACCUACCUGGCUAUGGACUACAUAGAUGCAGUCAUGGGUAAAGGAAAGGAAUAUUUUGGGUUAAAGACCUCCCUCAAUGUGACUUCCCCUAGUGUCUGGUUGCCAUAUACAAGUAUAGAUCAGCUUCUUCAUGCACUGAGAGAGGUACAUACAGACAACACUUAUCUUCAGCUUUAUCAAGAACUUUCAGAAAAGUUAGAUAUUUAUCACCACAAUGUGGAGAGAAUUUCUAGAGACAGAAUCGAUGCUGCAACAAGGAGAGCCAGUAUGAGAUUGAGCAGCUUGCACUGAUCUUUGAUUCUGAAAAUCAUUUCCUGGGUUUAGGAAAUUUGAUUUCCUUAUCUCCAUUUUGAACAAAUAAAAGACUUGAAUGUCAUUUUCUACAUGUACAAAAAACUGUAUCAAGUUACCAAAAGUCACCAAAACAACUUCCAGGUAUUUGUGUUUGUAGUACCAUCUCAUCUGUAC